GAGCUGGAGCUGGAGCCAGGGCCCAAGUUGGACCAGACCAGCAGCCUAAGGUCGAGCUGGGCCCCGAGCCUGGUCUGGAGCUGGAGGCCCAGCUCGGCUGGAACGGCCAGUGUCAUGCAGAAGGAAUCGAGUCUUGCCCUUCACUGUGCUGGCAUGCAGUACCCCCAGACAUUUGCCCUGCUGCCCCUGUGGCUGCUGCUACUACUGCUGCUCGGAACAGGGGUGCCAGGUGUCCAGGCUCAGGCCGGUAGCCUGGAUCUGCAAAUUGAUGAGGAACAGCCAGCUGGAACCCUGAUCGGAGACAUCAGUGCAGGGCUGCCGGCAGGCACGGCAGCACCUCCCAUGUAUUUCAUCUCCGCUCAGGAGGGCAGCGGCGUGGGUACAGACCUGGCCAUCGAUGAACACAGUGGGGUUGUCCGGACAGCCCGCGUCUUAGACCGCGAGCGGCGGGACCGCUACCGCUUCACUGCAGUCACUCCUGACGGUGCCACCGUAGAAGUCACAGUACGGGUGGCUGACAUCAAUGACCAUGCUCCAGCCUUCCCACAGGCACGGGCUGCCCUGCAGAUUCCUGAGCACACGGCCCUUAGCACCCGCUACCCGCUGGAGCCUGCCCGUGAUGCAGAUGCUGGCCACCUAGGAACCCAGGGCUAUGCGCUGUCUGGCGACGGAGCUGGAGAGAUCUUCAGGCUGGAGACACGCCCUGGUCCAGAUGGCACUCCAGUGCCUGAACUGGUAGUUGCUGGAGAGCUGGACCGGGAGAACCGCUCACACUACAUGCUGCAGCUGGAAGCCUAUGAUGGAGGAUCACCCCCUCGGAGGGCCCAGGCUCUGCUGGAUGUGACGCUUCUGGAUGUCAACGACCAUGCCCCUGCUUUCAACCAGAGCCGCUACCACGCUGUGGUGUCUGAGAGCCUGGCCCCCGGAAGCCCUGUUCUGCAGGUGUUCGCAUCCGAUGCCGACGCUGGUGUUAAUGGUGCUGUGACUUACGAGAUCAACCGGAGGCAGAGCGAGGGUGACGAGCCCUUCUCUAUCGAUGCACACACGGGGCUGCUGCGACUGGAGCGGCCACUGGACUUCGAGCAGCGGCGUGUCCACGAGCUGGUGGUACAGGCCUGGGAUGGAGGUGCUCACCCAGAGCUGGGCUCAGCCUUUGUGACUGUGCACGUGAGAGAUGCCAACGACAAUCAGCCCUCCAUGACUGUCAUCUUCCUGAGCGCGGAUGGCUCCCCACGUGUGUCUGAGGCUGCCCCACCUGGUCAGCUUGUUGCCCGCAUCUCCGUGUCAGACCCAGACGAUGGUGACUUUGCCCAUGUCAAUGUUUCCCUGGAAGGUGGUGAGGGCCACUUUGCCCUGAGCACCCAAGACAGUGUCAUCUACCUGGUGUGCGUGGCUCGGCGGCUGGACCGGGAGGAACGAGAUGCCUAUAACUUGCGAGUUACUGCCACAGACUCAGGCACCCCUCCACUGCGGGCGGAGGCAGCGUUUGUGUUGCAUGUCACUGAUGUCAAUGACAAUGCACCAGCCUUUGACCGCCAGCUCUUCCGACCUGAGCCCUUGCCUGAAGUUGCCCUGCCCGGCAGUUUUGUGGUAAGAGUAGCAGCCCGGGAUCCUGACCAGGGUACCAAUGGACAGGUCACCUAUAGCCUGGCCCCUGGGGCCCACACCCACUGGUUCUCCAUCGACCCCAUCUCAGGCAUCAUCACUACGGCAGCCUUGCUGGACUAUGAAUUGGAACCUCAGCCACAGCUAAUCGUGGUGGCCACAGAUGGGGGCCUGCCCCCUCUAUCCUCUUCUGCCACAGUUAGUGUGGCCUUGCAAGAUGUGAAUGACAAUGAGCCCCAGUUCCAGAGGACUUUCUACAAUGCCUCACUACCAGAGGGCACCCAGCCUGGAACCUGCUUCCUGCAGGUGACAGCCACAGAUGCGGACAGUGGCCCAUUUGGCCUCCUCUCCUAUUCUUUGGGUGCUGGGCUUGGGGCUUCAGGGUCUCCCCCAUUCCGCAUUGAUGCCCACACCGGUGAUGUGUGCACAACCAGGAUCCUGGACCGUGACCAAGGACCCUCAAGCUUUGACUUCACAGUGACAGCUGUGGACGGGGGAGGACUCAAGUCCAUGGUGUAUGUGAAAGUGUUUGUGUCAGAUGAGAAUGACAACCCACCUCAGUUUUAUCCUCGGGAGUAUGCUGCCAGUCUGAGUGCCCAGAGUACACCAGGCACAGCUGUUCUGAGAGUCCGUGCUCAUGACCCUGACCAGGGGCCCCAUGGGCGACUCUCCUACCACAUCCUGGCUGGCAACAGCCCACCACUCUUUGCCUUGGAUGAGCAUUCAGGGUUGUUGUCAGUAGCUUGGCCCUUGGCCAGAAAAGCUAACUCUGUGGUGCAGCUCGAGAUUGGGGCUCAGGAUGGAGGUGGCCUGAAAGCAGAGCCCAGUGCCCGAGUCAACAUCAGCAUUGUGCCUGGAACGCCAGCACCACCUGUAUUUGAGCAACUGCAGUAUGUCUUCUCUGUGCCAGAGGAUGUGGCACCAGGCACCAGUGUGGGCGUUGUCCAGGCACACAACCCACCAGGUCGUUUGGGGCCUGUGAACCUUGCCUUGUCGGGUGGAGAUCCUCGGGGACUCUUCUCCCUAGACGGGGCCUCAGGGAUGUUACAAACACUUCAACCUCUGGACCGGGAGAUACUGGGACCAGUGCUGGAGCUGGAGGUGCGGGCUGGCAGUGGCAUGCCCCCAGUUUUUGCUGUGGCUCGUGUCCGUGUGCUGCUGGAUGAUGUAAAUGACAAUACACCUGCAUUCCCUGCACCUGAAGAUACAGUGUUGCUGCCACCAAGCACUGCCCCAGGAACCCCCAUCUACACCCUGCGGGCCCUGGACCCCGACUCGGGUGUUAACAGUCGAGUCACCUUUACUCUGCUUGCUGGAGGUGGUGGGGCCUUCACCGUAGACCCAAACACAGGCCACGUACGGCUUGUGGGACCGCUGGGGCCCCCAGGGGGGCCAGCCUAUGAACUGGAGCUGGAAGCCCGUGAUGGGGGCUCCCCACCACGUACUAGCCAUUUUCGACUGAAGGUGGUGGUGCAGGACUUGGGGACUCGUGGGCUGGCUCCUCAUUUUGAUAGCACUACCUAUCGGGUGGACCUGCCCUCGGGUACGACCCCUGGGACUCGAGUCUUGCAGGUGCAGGCCCGAGCACUUGAUGGGGCCCCUGUCACCUACCACCUUGCAACAGAUGGGGCGAGUAGCUUCUUUGGCCUAGAGCCACAGAGUGGGUGGCUAUGGGUACGGGCAGCAUUGGACCGUGAGGCCCAGGAUUUAUACACACUGAAGGUAAUGGCUGUGUCUGGGUCUAAAACGGAAUUGGGACAGCAAACGGGCACAGCCACUGUGAGGGUCAGCAUCCUUAGUCAGAAUGAUCACAGUCCCCGCUUGUCUGAGGAACCCACUUUCCUGGCUGUGACCGAGAACCAGCCCUCAGGGACCAGUGCUGGCCGAGUCUCUGCCACUGACCGAGACUCUGGUCCCAAUGGACGUCUGACCUACAGUCUACGACAGCUAUCAGAAGACAGCAAGGCCUUCCGCAUCCACCCUCAGACUGGAGAAGUGACCACACUUCAGACCUUGGACCGAGAGCGACAGAGUAGCUACCAGCUCCUGAUAGAAGUGCAGGAUGGGGGGAGUCCGCCCCGCAGCACCACCGGCACUGUGCACAUCGCAGUACUUGACCUCAAUGACAACAGCCCCACCUUCCUGCAGGCCUCGGGAGCCGCUGGUGGUGGCCUUCCCAUACAGGUACCAGAUCGUGUGCCUCCAGGAACACUGGUGACAACUCUGCAGGCCAAGGACCCAGAUGAGGGGGAGAAUGGGACCAUCUUGUACACGCUCACAGGUCCAGGUGCAGAGCUCUUCUCCCUGCACCCUCACUCUGGGGAGCUGCUCACUGCCGCACCGCUCAUCCGAGCAGAGAGACCCCAUUAUGUGCUGACACUGAGCGCUCAUGACCAAGGCAGUCCUUCUCGAAGUGCCAGCCUCCAGCUGCUGGUGCAGGUGCUUCCCUCUGCUCGUUCCGCUGAGCCUCCCCCUGAUCCCGCCGAGCCGGACCCAGUGACCCCUGUGCCUGUUGUGCUGACAGUGAAGGCUGCCGAAGGGCUGCAGCCAGGCUCCCUGUUAGGUUCAGUGGCACCGCCAGAGCCAACUGGCGUGGGCGCACUCACUUACACACUGGUGGGCGGCGCCGAUCCCGAGGGCACUUUUGCUUUGGAUGCAGCGUCAGGGCGCUUGUACCUGGCUCGAACCCUGGACUUCGAGGCCGGCCCGGCUUGGCGCACGCUGACCGUGCGCGCUGAAGGGCCAGGAGGUGCUGGAGCCCGGCUGCUGCGCGUGCAGGUGCGCGUGCAGGAUGAGAAUGAGCACGCACCUGCAUUCGCGCGCGACCCCCUGGCGCUGGCCUUGCCUGAGAACCCUGAGCCUGGCGCGGUGCUUUACACAUUCCGCGCCUCUGACGCCGACGGCCCGGGCCCAAACAGCGACGUGCGCUACCGCCUGGUGCGCCAGGAGCCGCCCGUACCCGCCCUUCGUCUGGAUGCGCGCACUGGGGCGCUCAGCGCUCCGCGGGGCUUAGAUCGGGAGACCACACCGGCACUCCUGCUGCUGGUAGAAGCAACAGACCGGCCAGCCAACGCCAGCAGCCGCCGCGCAGCACGAGUAUCAGCGCGCGUGUUUGUCACAGAUGAGAAUGACAACGCGCCUGUCUUUGCUUCGCCUUCUCGGGUGCGCCUCCCAGAGGACCAUCCGCCGGGACCCGCGGCACUCCACGUGGUUGCUCUGGAUCCAGAUUUGGGGGAGGCCGCACGCGUGUCCUAUCGCCUGGCAUCUGUCGGGGAUGGCCUCUUCCGGCUACAUUCGAGCACAGGAGCAUUGUCUGUGAUGCGGCCCCUGGACCGUGAGCAGCGAGCUGAACAUGUCUUAACGGUGGUGGCCUCAGACCACGGCUCCCCACCGCGGUCAGCCACGCAGCUCUUAACCAUCAGUGUGGCGGAUGUCAACGAUGAGGCACCAGCUUUCCAACAGCAGGAAUACAAGGUGCUCUUACGGGAGAACAGCCCACCUGGCACGUCUCUGCUCACUUUGAAGGCAACAGAUCCAGACCUGGGGGCCAGUGGGCAAGUGACUUAUGGAGGUGUUUCAGGAGAAAGUUUCUCACUGGAUCCAGACACUGGUGUUCUCACUACUCUUAGAGCCCUGGAUCGGGAAGAACAGGAGGAGAUCAACCUGACAGUGUAUGCCCGGGACAGGGGCUCCCCACCCCUGUUGACCCAUGUCACAGUUCGGGUGAUUGUGGAGGAUGAGAAUGACCAUGCACCAACCUUUGGGAGUGCGCACCUCUCCCUGGAGGUGCCUGAGGGCCAGGACCCCCAGACUCUCACCAUGCUGCGUGCCUCUGACCCUGAUGUAGGAGCCAACGGGCAACUGCAGUACCGGAUUCUGGACGGGGACCCAUCAGGAGCCUUUAUCCUUGAUGUAACUUCUGGGGAGUUUGGCACCACGAGGCCACUAGACCGAGAGGUGGAGCCAGCAUUCCAGCUGAAGAUAGAGGCGCGGGAUGGAGGCCAGCCAGCUCUCAGUGCCACCUUGCUUGUGACAGUGACAGUACUGGAUGCCAAUGACCAUGCGCCAUCCUUUCCUGUGCCAGCCUACUCGGUGGAGGUGCCUGAGGAUGCACCCACGGGGACCUUACUGCUGCAGCUGCAGGCUCAUGACCCUGAUGCUGGGGCCAAUGGCCGUGUGACCUACUACCUGGGAGCAGGGGCCGCAGGAGCCUUCCUGCUGGAGCCAGGCUCUGGGGAGCUGCGCACGGCUGUGGCCCUGGAUCGAGAGCAAUGCCCCAGUUAUUCCUUUUCUGUGAGUGCUGUAGAUGGGGCAGCUGCGGGGCCCCUGAGCACCACAGUGCCUGUCACCAUCACAGUUCGUGAUGUCAAUGACCACACACCUACCUUCCCCACCAGUCCCCUGCGGCUGCGCCUGCCCCGUCCAGGCCCCAGCCUCAGCACGCCAACCCUGGCCCUAGCCACGCUUCGAGCUGAAGAUCGUGACGCUGGUGCCAAUGCCUCCAUCCUAUACCGGCUAGCAGGCACACCGCCUCCCGGCACCACUGUAGACUCUUACACUGGUGAAAUCCGUGUGGCUCGCUCGCCUGCAUCCCUGGGCCCUCGGGAUCGUGUCCUCUUUGUUGUGGCCACAGACCUUGGACGUCCAGCACGCUCUGCCACUGGUGUGGUGGUUGUUGGGCUGCAGGGAGAGUCUGAGCGUGGACCCCGCUUUCCCCGGGCUAGUAGUGAAGCCAUCCUUCGUGAGAAUGCGCCACCAGGGACUCCCAUUGCCUCCCCCAAGGCUGUCCAUGCAGGGGGCUCAAAUGGACUGAUCACCUACAGCAUUCUCAGUGGGAAUGAAAAAGGGAUAUUCUCAAUCCAACCUAGCACAGGAGCCAUCACAGUUCGCUCUGCAGAGGGGUUGGACUUUGAGGCAAGCCCUCGGCUGAGACUGGUACUGCAGGCAGAGAGCGGAGGGGCCUUUGCCUUCUCGGUGCUGACCCUGACACUGCAGGAUGCCAACGACAAUGCCCCUCGCUUCAUGCAGCCCCAUUAUGUGGCCUUCCUGCCUGAAUCCCGGCCACUGGAGGGACCGCUGUUGCAGGUGGAAGCAGAUGACCUGGAUCAAGGUUCUGGUGGACAGAUCUCCUACAGUCUAGCAGCAUCCCAGCCGGCACGGGGAUUAUUCCACGUGGACCCAGCCACAGGCACCAUCACUACCACAGCCAUCCUGGACCGUGAAAUCUGGGCUGAAACACGGCUUGUACUGAUGGCCACAGACAGAGGAAGUCCAGCUCUGGUGGGCUCAGCUACCCUGACAGUGAUGGUCGUUGAUACCAAUGACAACCGCCCUACCAUCCCCCAGCCCUGGGAACUCCGAGUACCAGAAGAUGCACUGUUGGGCUCAGAGAUUGCACAAGUAACAGGAAAUGAUGUGGACUCAGGACCGGUACUGUGGUAUGUACUGAGCCCAUCGGGGCCCCAGGAUCCCUUCAGCAUUGGCCGCUAUGGAGGCCGAGUCUCCCUCACAGGUCCCCUGGACUUCGAGCAGCAUGAUCGCUAUUUCCUGCAGCUGCUGGCACAUGAUGGGCCUCAUGAGGGUCAUGCCAACCUCACAGUGCUUGUAGAGGAUGUCAAUGAUAAUUCACCUGUCUUCUCACAGAGCCUCUACCAGGUGACCUUGCUUGAGCACACUCCCCCAGGCAGUGCCAUUCUGUCCGUCUCUGCCACUGACCGAGACUCAGGUGCCAAUGGUCACAUCUCCUACCACUUGGCGUCACCUGCUGAGGGCUUCACUGUUGACCCCAACAACGGGACCUUAUUUGUGACAGUGGGAACUAUGGCCUUGGGCCAGGAGGGACCAGGAGUGGUGGAUGUGGUGCUAGAAGCACGUGACCAAGGGGCACCAGGUCGGGCAGCACAAGCCACAGUGCACGUGCAGUUGCAGGACCAGAACGACCAUGCCCCCAGCUUCACACUGCCACACUACCGUGUGACUGUGACCGAAGACCUGCCCCCUGGCUCCACUCUACUUACACUAGAGGCCACCGAUGCCGACGGAAGCCGCACCCAUGCCGUUGUGGACUACAGCAUCAUCAGUGGCAAUCGGGGCCGAGUCUUCCAGCUGGAGCCCCGACUGGCUGAGGCUGGGGAAGGUGCUGGGCCAGGCCCCCAAGCACUGGGCUGCCUGGUGCUGCUUGAGCCUCUGGAUUUUGAGAGCAUGAACCAGUACAAUCUAACGGUGGCUGCCGCCGACCGAGGACAGCCACCCCGCAGCUCAGCAGUGCCAGUCACUGUCACUGUGCUGGAUGUCAAUGACAACCCACCUGUCUUUACCCGAACGGCCUACCGAAUGGCAGUACCUGAGGACACACCUGUUGGCGCUGAGCUGCUGCAUGUGGAGGCGUCUGAUGCUGACCCUGGUCCUCAUGGCCUUGUGCGCUUCACCCUCAGUUCAGGUGACCCUUCAGGGCUCUUUGAGCUGGAUGAGAACGCGGGAACCUUGCGCCUGGCCCGCCCCCUGGAUUGCGAGACCCAGGCUCGUCAUCAGCUUGUAGUGCAGGCCGCUGACCCUGCCGGGGCACACUUUGCUCUGGCACCAGUGACGAUCGAGGUCCAGGAUGUGAAUGACCAUGGCCCAGCCUUUCCACUCAGCUUGCUCAGUGCUAGCCUUGCAGAGAAUCAGCCUCCAGGCACUCUUGUCACUACUCUGCACGCAAUUGAUGCGGAUGCCGGAGCGUUCGGGCGGCUCUACUACAGCCUACUGGAGGCUGGCCCGGGACCUGAGGGCCGGGAGGCAUUUGCGCUGAACAGCUCAACAGGGGAAUUACGAGCACGAGUGCCAUUUGACUACGAGCACACAGGAAGUUUUCGGCUGCUGGUGGGGGCUGCUGAUGCCGGGAAUCUCUCAGCCUCGGUCACUGUGUCAGUGCUGGUGACUGGCGAGGAUGAAUAUGAUCCUGUAUUCCUGGCGCCAGCUUUCCAUUUCCAAGUGCCAGAAGGUGCCCGGCGAGGUCAUAGCCUGGGUCACGUGCAGGCUACAGAUGAGGAUGGGGGUGCUGAUGGCCUGGUUCUCUACUCCCUUGCCACCUCCUCCCCCUAUUUUGGUAUCAACCAGACGACAGGUGCCUUGUACCUGCGGGUGGACAGCCAGGCACCAGGCAGUGGGACAGGUACCUCUGGGGGUGGGGGCCGGACGCGGCGUGAAGCACCACGGGAAAUGAGACUGGAAGUGAUAGCCCGGGGCCCACUGCCUGCUUCUCGAAGUGCCACGGUGCCCGUGACCGUGGAUAUCACCCACACUGCACUGGGCCUGGCACCUGACCUCAACCUGCUCUUGGUUGGGGCUGUGGCAGCCUCACUGGGAGUGGUGGUGGUGCUUGCACUAGCAGCGCUGGUCCUAGGGCUGGUGCGGGCCCGAAACCGCAAGGCUGAGGCAGCCCCUGGCCCAAUGUCACAGGCAGCACCCCUGGCCAGUGGCUCCCUCCAGAAACUGGGCCGGGAACCACCUAGCCCACCACCCUCAGAGCACCUCUAUCACCAGACUCUCCCCAGCUAUGGUGGACCAGGAGCCGGAGGACCCUAUCCCCGAGGUGGCUCCUUGGACCCAUCACACUCAAGUGGCCGAGGCUCGGCAGAAGCUGCUGAAGAUGACGAGAUCCGCAUGAUCAAUGAGUUCCCCCGUGUGGCCAGUGUGGCCUCCUCUCUGGCUGCCCGCGGCCCUGACUCAGGCAUCCAGCAGGAUGCAGAUGGACUGAGUGACACAUCCUGCGAGCCACCAGCCCCUGACACAUGGUACAAGGGCCGCAAAGCAGGGCUGCUCCUGCCCGGCACUGGACCCACUCUGUACCGGGAGGAAGGCCCCCCAGCCACAGCCACGGCCUUCCUGGGAGGCUGUGGUCUCAGUCCCGCACCCACUGGGGACUAUGGCUUCCCAGCAGAUGGCAAGCCUUGUGUGGCAGGUGCGCUGACAGCCAUCGUGGCUGGUGAGGAGGAGCUCCGUGGCAGCUAUAACUGGGACUACCUGCUGAGCUGGUGCCCUCAGUUCCAGCCUCUGGCCAGCGUCUUCACAGAGAUCGCCCGACUCAAAGAUGAAGCUCGGCCGUGUCCCCCAGCACCCCGUAUUGACCCUCCACCCCUCAUCACUGCUGUGGCCCACCCAGGAGCUAAGUCUGUGCCCCCCAAGCCAGCCAGCACGGCCGCAGCUCGGGCCAUCUUCCCACCAGCCUCUCACCGCUCCCCUAUCAGCCACGAAGGCUCCCUGUCCUCAGCUGCCAUGUCCCCCAGCUUCUCACCUUCGUUGUCCCCCCUGGCUGCUCGCUCACCUGUUGUCUCACCAUUUGGGGUGGCCCAGGGCCCCUCAGCCUCGGCACUCAGCUCAGAAUCUGGCCUAGAACCGCCUGAUGACACAGAGCUGCACAUCUAGCUGUGGCCCGGGCUUGGCCCUGACCUGGGAUACACUCAGUGUCCCCAAUGCAGGCCCUAUUCUGAGCCUGCCCCAGGCUGCCUCGGACCAUGAUUGGCCACAGGGGAGGCCACCCUUGGGCCCUAGAGCCCCACCCCAAACUCUUCAAAUGGGGGCAGGCCCCACAUCCCAGCCCCUCAAAAGAGCACCAGCACCUGGGAGGCCCUGUUGGGGCGCUGACCUGAGAGCCAGGUCUAAUGUGGGGGGAAAUAUGAAGGAGGGAGCAGCCCUGGGCUCUCCCCAAGGGCUUCGUGCCCAGUGCUAGCACCGUGGGAUGGAGCUGAGACUUUAUUUAUUGGGAGGUAGGGGAAUAGGGAAGGUCCCUCCAACCUAUUUGGGCCCAGCUCCUUUGGGUUCCACUGACACCCCUGCCCCUGCCCGGAACCAAGUGCCAAUUCUCACUCUGGAGCCUUAAUAAACUGCAGUUUUUAUUCAGU